CUGCUCCCGCAUUCACGCGGAGAACGUCGUAGCGCGCGCAUCCGUCCGACGAGCAGCCCUCGGUUGCGGUUCCAGCCGCUCACCAGACGAACGGAUCGCGCCGCCGAAGCCUCGAGAAGAUCGAUAGCUGCGUGUGACAGCGACUCGUGCGUGCGUGCGUGCGUGCGUGCGUACGCGUUUGCGAGGUUCUGCGGUCGCGCGAUUGGCGACUCCGCAAACUCCGUGGGUGCGGGCUAUCGAUCCCCCGCGCUCUGUCCCGCUUUCUCGCGCGUUCAUUGGCGCCUACGUCGCCGUCGCCGCUGCAUCGUGCGGUAUACAGUGUGCAUUGUGCCUUAAUAUACGACAGUCCUGUGAUCCCGCGCGCCGGAGGCCACCGGGGAGAGCUUUUCCUCCUUCCCCUCCGCUCGAACGAUAUCUACCAGUCGGUGAGAUUAUUGAAGGAUGCUGAAUUCCCGUGGCGUCAUCAUGUCGGUCCUUUAAUUUCCUUCGUCCUUCAUGGACGGAUAUCAUGUUCUUCUGACCGGCGACGCUUAUACUAUCGGGAAAGCUAAAGGAAACAAAUACCAUGGCAUUCUACGACGUGGGACCAGGCGACCUCAAGGAAUUGUGGGACUCGUAUCUCUCUGAUCCGCCGUUCAUACUCAGCCAGGAUGUCUUAAUGAGUACCAAAGAAGAGGAAUGGGGUAAUAGCCUUAGGGAUAGCGUGGUCCUGAGGGACCGAUUAAUGACAGAUGCGGCUCUCGGCGGACCACGACCGAUAAAAUCCGAACACAGUUACAGCCUUCUGAUUCACAGUCCCCCCCCGAGCCCAGCAACGCCAGGAGUUAAUCCUCAUACACCCAAUUCGGGUUCCGGUGCGGUUGGUUCGAGCACAUCGUGUACUAGUUCCUCCAUCGAUUUCGCCAAUCUGGACCAAAAGUCUCUCGAUAUUCGCAGAAUUGAUGAUAUGGAAGAAGAAUGCUUUCCGGCUAUUUCGAUAAGCGCCUCGAGCCGUGUCGAAUCGUCGUCGUCGCCGUCGUCCUCUACCUCGACCGUAAUCCUCAAAAGAAACAAUUUAGUACCUGAAGAUAACGAGUGUCCGGAAAUCAAGGGCGAACCUAUUAGCGCGCCGGCCAGUCCCUGCGCGCCUUGUCAACCGGGCUGCGACAUGGUCGACGAUAAGAGCACGAUAACAAUAGUGUCACCGCAGAGUCUCCACUUUGCCAAAAGUCAGCUCCCACACAUAAGUGACAGCGAGGAGGAUGACGAAGAGUAUUAUCAGAACAUGGAAAUUGAGGAAUACGGCGUAAUCUGUGAAGGGAAAGAGACGACCUUACGUGCGUCGAGACAAGGGUUGCCGCCGACACCGCCCAGCAGCGCAAGCUCCGAUAGCGAGGGUACCGCUUCCGCUUCCUGCUCGCCAGAACGCCGAGAUUCCCAGACAUCUACGCAGAAUCUCAGGGGCUUACUGGCGCCGAGGCUUUACGUCACCAAUGGCACCCACACCACCAGACAGCCCAUUCAUACGCCCCUGAUUUCCUGUCAGCCGAAAGGCUCGACGGGUGUGUUGACAUUGACGGAAGAAGAAAAGAGAACCUUGAUAGCCGAGGGAUAUCCAGUACCCACGAAGCUUCCUCUGACGAAACAGGAGGAGAAAUCAUUGAAGAAAGUACGAAGGAAAAUCAAGAAUAAAAUAUCUGCGCAGGAAUCGCGUAGGAAAAAGAAAGAGUAUAUGGACGGUUUGGAGAGGCGGGUCACGAUGUUGACAAACGAGAAUUCCUCCUACAGGGAAAGGCUGAAUUCCUUGGAGGACACAAACCGUGAAUUACUGAAAGAAUUGCAACGUCUUCAGGCGCUGCUGCAACUACAACAAUCUUAGAUUUAUUUGUCUUUUAACUCAAGUCUAUGCUUGAUAUCAUCGGAUUUUCUUUCUGAUGAUUUCAGGAUUUUUCGGAAGUUGAUUUUAGCUCCUACGAAUGUCGUAAAACAUUCACGAAUGUGUGCUUUUCGAUAGUGUUCCGAGAGAUCGAAAAUUAUAUAAAGCCUCGAAAUAGAUUUUACAUUUUUUCAAAUCUUUCAUCGCGACGCUAACACGGAUUUAUUCGGUUUUGCCGAUUUGCUCUUCCAUACAGACUAUUAUUCUUACAAUUGUUCUUUCUUAUUCAGUAAAGAGGAUUCGAGAGACAUUGUUGAGAACGAUUUGUUGCUAUUGCUAAGUCACAGAUUUAAACAGAGUAUAUUUUUAGGGAUUAGUGCAAUUUCUUUACAUUCCUAAAAUGUCUUCCUUAUAUACACAAUGAAGUUUUUUGCAGCGUAAUCGCGACUGAAGAUUUAUUUCGAGCACUGCGAAUCGCUUCAGUGUUUCCUGGCAACAAUUUAAGGCUUUUAACACCAAUUUAUAUGUAUAUUCUUAUAACGGUUAUAUAUAUAUAUACAUUAUUAUAUCUUUUGCUAGAUUAUAUUUUCGCCAGGAGUGCCUUUACGGACGUUAUUUUCUCAUUUUUCUUCCAAUCGCAUUGCAAAUCAGAGGUCAUUUAGACGGCUAAUUUAUUUCUCGCUAUCGUACAUUUAAUACGAGUUCUUCUUCAUUUUAAUAAGGCCUAAAGAAUAUGCGAAUUUAGUAUUCAGAUAUUUCAACCGUGAAAUGCGGAUUAUGAAAGUCACCGAUUAUUGCCUAACUGCAACGAGAAGUUUCGAAAGAAAAAACUUCUAAAUGUAAAUGACCGUCUGAUUAUUCGCUAUAUAUACUUUGAAGACGAUGAUAUUUUAAACCGUUUGAGACUCGAAGGAAUAUUCCUGGAAUUCAAAAUAAAAAGAGAAUAUAUAUUUAGUCCAUUUUGACACGGUUUCGUCAAAGCGUUUUUUUUUUUUUUUUUGCGUUAAUGUAAUUAUAUGUGCGUAUACAAGAUAUAUAAUAUACGACAUACUUUAUAGCUAUAAAAAGAGCAAAAUACGAUUAUAUUAAUACUGUGACGUGAAGAUAAAUUCGAUACUAUAUCGAUAAAAUUAUUGCAUUUAUCAUUUACUUAGAAAAGAUAUAUCUAGUUGUACAAUAAGAUUAUAUAUCAUGCGGAUUGUGAUUUGGUGAAAUCAAUUCUGCGUCAAAUCGACGAUGUCGCUAUUUUCUUAAGAUAUUAUUCUUAAUAAACGUCGAUAGACGUCGGUUUGAUCGGCUCUUAAAAUUAAUCAUACGCAACGAUAAUUUAUUUCCCGCCAAUUUGAAGUGUGUAAUAAAAAUAUUUGUAAGAUAUAAGUUCACGGAUAUACAGGGUCUUCAAAAAGUCCUGGAACACGAAAAUAUCUCGAAAACGAUCAAUUAUAAUGAAAAAUAUGUAAAGAACAAAGGUGUAGGACUAAAUAAAAUGUACCUAAUGAUGAUAAGAAUUUGACCUUGGAUGAAAUACUCAAGGUCUAUGAAGAUCAAGUUGAUUUUUUUAAAUGGAACUUCCCAUUUUUUAUGCAUUUUUAUUGCAUAUCCUUAUUUCAGCUUAUUUCAAGAGCUUUCCAAA